AAAAUUGGGCAAAACUUAUGAUCCAUCUAUGGUUGAACAAGGAUGGUAUGAUUGGUGGGAAUAUAAGGGAUUUUUUGGAUCGAACAGUAUGGACGAAAAUCAUGGAAAAUCCACAAAAAACUUUACGAUGCUUGCACCACCACCCAAUAUUACAGGGAAUUUACAUAUUGGGCAUGCUUUGACACUUAGCAUCCAGGAUGCAAUUGCUAGAUGGUAUCGAAUGUCUGGUCAUCGGGUAUCAUGGAUACCCGGAACGGAUCAUGCUGGUAUUGGAACACAAUCAGUUGUUGAACGGCAACUUUAUAAAAAAAAAAAUCUUACUCGACAUGAUCUUGGUCGCGAAAAUUUUAUCAAUGAAGUGUGGAAAUGGCGUGAACUUCAUGGGAAUCGAAUCAUCGAGCAAAUGAGACGUUUAGGUGCAUCAUUAGAUUGGAAAAAUCUAUUUUUCACUAUGGAUUCUCCUCGGUCGCGUGCCGUGACGAAUGCGUUUGUCAAGCUUUUCAAUGAUGGAAUGAUUUACAGAGAUACAAGGCUCGUUAACUGGUGUUGUGCUUUGGGAACCGCGAUUUCAGAUAUCGAAGUAGAUUAUGAAGUUGUACCAAAACAAACAUUCUUGAAGAUUCCUGGUCAUCAAGAAAGUGUCGAAUUUGGCGUUUUACACAAAUUUGCUUAUCCGAUUGCUGAUACAUCAAGCGGCAUUUCAGAAUUAGUCGUAGCAACAACCAGAAUUGAAACAAUGUUAGGAGAUUGUGCUGUGGCGAUACAUCCUGAUGAUACACGAUACAAGUCACUACAUGGUAAAGAAGUUAUUCAUCCUUUACUAAAUAAGCGGAUGCCAAUCAUAUGUGACGCUGAACUAGUAGAUAUGCAGUUUGCAACCGGAAUUGUUAAGGUGACACCUGGACAUGACAUCAAUGAUUAUGCUUGUGCUCGAAGACACCAAUUGCCAAUAAUAAAUAUUUUGAACAAAGAUGGAACAUUGAAUGAAAAUUGUGGGAUUGCAGAUUUAAUUAAUAAGGAUCGAUUUGAAGUUCGCAAGGAUAUCAUAAAUCAACUCCAAUCAUUAGGCUAUUAUCGUGACAAGGAUGUAAAUCAUGAAAUGAGAAUUGCUAAAUGCUCAAGAUCUGGUGAUAUUAUUGAGCCUUUACUGCAACCUCAGUGGUAUAUAAAGUGCAAAGAUAUGCAACUUAGAGCCUUACAAGACGUCAAAGACGGAAAAAUGCAGAUCCAACCUAGUUACCACGUUGAAGAUUGGAAUCGUUGGUUAGGAAAUAUUCAAGAUUGGU